GCAAUUGGUUUCAACUACUAAAAAUUCUACAAAAAUAUGGAACCAUUGAGAAGUUUGACCUUCUUUUUCAUAAGAGUGGUCCACUCGCUGGGCAACCUAGAGGAUAUGGUUUUGUCACGUUUAAGAAUAAGGAAGAUGCAGAAUCGAUGAUGAAAGAUCUAGAUGGAAAGAAGAUCGGAUCUAAGCAUAUCUCUGUUAAAUGGGCACAUAGCCUUGAGAAAGUUGAAGAUACAAAAAAGAAGAUUGAUGCUACUGUAAUUUCAGUUUUAAGUGUUAAUAAAAAGGAGAAGAAGAUCAGCCCACAGAUGCAAAUCAAAGCGAUAGAAAUGAAACUGAAAAUGAUGGAACACAGUGGGUCCGAAGAAUUUAAUAUUAAUAUUCCAACAACUAGUUCAGCUUCCCUUCGCCAAUUAAAUUGCAAAGGGUCAAAAUCAACUGAGCUUAAGUCUAAACAAAUAAGGCAUCAACCCUAUUCGAUGAAGCAUUAGUUUGUAAUAUUUAUUUAUUUGUAUAUAAACUGAUUUCAUUUUACCCUCCGAAUACAUUAUUAAUAUUUCUUUUGAAUUGUUUAAUUUAACAUUUAUUAAAAUAUAUUUUGAGGAUGGAGUAUUUCAAU